AUGGUCAGUUGUACAACCAGCUACAGUAUAUAAAGGCUAAAACCCACCUUGCUUUCUCCGAAGACAAUCAUCAUGAAGUUUCUGAUCUUGGCUCUGUUUGUUGCUGGUGCCUACGGGUGCGGCCUGCCCACCUUCCCCCCUGUCCUGACCAGGGUCGUCGGUGGCGAUGAUGUCCGCCAGCACAGCUGGCCCUGGCAGGUGUCCCUGCAGUACAGGGGCAGCAGUGGCAGUUACCACCACACCUGUGGAGCCUCUCUGAUCUCCAGCCAGUGGGUCAUGACUGCUGCUCACUGCAUCAGCAGCCGCAACACCUACAAGGUCUUCCUGGGCAAGCACAACUUGAAGAACGCCAAUGAGGCCGGGUCCAUGGGUAUUGCUCCCGCCAAAAUUAUCGUCCACGAGAAGUGGGAUUCUUCCAGAAUCCGCAACGACAUCGCCCUGAUCAAGCUGCCCUCUCCCAUCUCCUUCUCUAACACCGUCAUUGCCGCCUGUCUUCCUGACUCUGGUGCCAUCCUGGCCCACAAUGCACCUUGCUACGUCACUGGCUGGGGACGCCUCUGGACUGGAGGCCCCAUCGCUGACAUCCUGCAGCAGGCUCUCCUGCCGGUGGUUAGCCACCCCAACUGCUCCAAGCCUGACUGGUGGGGCAGCCUGGUCACCAACGACAUGGUCUGUGCCGGAGGAGAUGGAAACCUGGCUAGCUGCAAUGGAGACUCUGGCGGCCCCCUGAACUGCCAGAACUCCGACGGCUCCUGGGACGUGCACGGAGUGGUCAGCUUCGGCUCCAGCAUGGGCUGCAACUACCCUAAGAAGGCCUCUGUCUUUACCCGCGUCAGCGCCUACAUCCCCUGGAUCAACAACGUGAUGACGAUGAACUAAGACGAGGAUGUGUUUGACAGCUGUUAACUGAUAAAACUUAAAAUUAAAAGUGAAUUCACUGUU